AGAAAGAAAGCAGUACAUCUGGUGGAACAAUAUUAUGUUUACGAAAACCUAAACCGUAAAAAGUUGUUUGUACAACCCACUGGUUGUCAGUGUCAAAACUUGACAGAAGAAGCGGACACAACGUGACCUUAAUGCUCCGUUUUUAUCAAUAAUUUAAUACUCGUAUAACCACAAAUGUUAGCUGACUAUGCGGGUCAGCUCGCCUGUGGGGAUGGAGAGGAGAAGAAGGAGCUGCCUCCGUUUGAGUCAAAGGAGAAGAGUUUUAAAGAGGUACCGGAGGGUGACAUGACCUCCUCCUCCAGGUUUCUGCAGGCUGAACUGGAGCUGAACACCCACCUCCGCCGGCUCAGCUUCAGCGAGCCUGUCCGAUACAUCUACAACCCGCUGGAGUACGCCUGGGACACCCAUCGCUGCUACGUGGAGAAGUAUUGUCAGGGCGGACAAAGCAUCCUGUUUUUAGGGAUGAAUCCUGGACCUUUCGGCAUGGCACAGACAGGGGUGCCCUUUGGUGAAGUGAAGUCAGUUGUUGAUUGGCUGAAGAUCACAGGGGACGUCGGCCAUCCUGAAGUCGAGCAUCCAAAGCGAGUGAUCAAAGGGCUUGCCUGCACUCAGAGUGAAGUGAGCGGUGCACGUUUCUGGGGCUUCUUCAGAAAGUUGUGUGGGGAACCUGCAAUGUUCUUCCGCCACUGCUUUGUGCAUAACCUUUGCCCACUUAUUUUCAUGAGUACUAGUGGGAAGAAUUUAACCCCCCCAGAGCUGCUUAAAGGAGAACGGGAGGCGCUCUUGGCGCUGUGUGACAUUGCACUGUGCCAGGUGGUAGAGGCUCUGGGCGUCUCCAUGGUAAUUGGUGUUGGAAAGGUGUCAGAGCAGCGGGCACGACGAGCUCUGUCUGCCGCAGGUAUUAACGUGCGAGUUGAGGGCAUCAUGCAUCCAUCCCCCAGGAACCCUCUAGCCAAUAAGGGCUGGGAAGCAGUUGCCAAAGCCAAGCUGGAAGAACUUGGUGUCCUAUCAUUGCUAAAUAACACGUCAACCAACCAUCCUUGCCAGGAAUUCUAGUAAGAGACUCAGGGUAUGAAAACCUUUCUAAUGAGUUUUUAAUAUACCAGUGCCCUCCAUCUCUGUCAUUGCUCAUCACUCAUACAACACAUCCUUUCAACAACUUCAGUUUUUCUUUAACUGUAAACAUCUGUCUGUUUGUUUUGAGAUGUCCUAACAGGUCAGUGGACAAAGCAUGGCACCAGGUUUUGGGCCCUUCAGAAAUACUUCUACACUAAUGUAAAUAUAAAAAAUAUUGGAUAAAUGCGUCCAUUUAUACCCAAAGCAUAAGCUCAGACUGUUUGUGAUUAUACAAUGUUUAAGCACUUUUGACUGCUAUUGGUCAAACUGGCAAAGACUGUAUUUUGGAAAAGAAAUUACAUGUGAUUGGUACUGUAUAGAAAAAAGCUCUAUAUAAACAACUUUCAAACAUAACAAUGGAAAAGGAAUUUUAACACAUAUUAUA